UGGAGCCAUUCCGUGGUUGGAGUGGACCACUAUUUGGCACUUUUCCGUGUGUGUGAGUACUCGCCUAUCUGUAUCGGGCAGGAAAACGGGAGAGGGCUUCGGUGGAGACUUCAAACAACGGGGUGGCUUAUUCUUCUGUAUUUCCACCUCCUGGCUCCGGCGACAGCUCGAACGCUCUGAUGGAGGCGGAAAGAUCCGGCGGGGUGGCGGGCGGAACGAAUCAGAGCCCUGCAGGAAGCGGAGCUGGGCGCAAUCCGAACGGGCCGAAGGCUGUGCUCGGUCCCGCUCCCACCGCAGCAGCCGCCGCCGCGGCCGGGCCGAUGGCUGGAUCUUCCCAGCAGCGAGAUCCGCAGGACGGGGAAGCGGGCCUCUCGUUGCCUGGGAUCUUACAUUUCAUCCAGUACGAAUGGAGCCGCUUUCAAGCCGAGAAAUAUCGCUGGGAGGCCGAACGAGACGAGCUGAGGGCUCAGGUGGCGUUUCUGCAGGGUGAGAGGAAAGGUCAGGAGAACAUGAAGCAGGAUCUGGUGCGGCGAAUCAAGAUGCUGGAAUACGCUCUGAAACAGGAGAGGGCCAAACAUCAGAAGCUGAAAAGUGGCACUGAUCAGAGCCCCGGAGAGAAGAAGCCAGAGACAGAAGCUGAACCAAUACCCAAUGGGCCUGCAGAUUCAGACUCUGAGCCAACCAAUCAGAUGCCUUGGAAGGAGGGCCGGCAGUUAUUGCGCAAGUACCUGGAGGAGGUGGGAUACUCCGACACCAUCUUGGACAUGCGCUCCAAACGUGUUCGUUCCCUGUUGGGUCGCAACAGCCCAGAGGCGAACGGGCCUCCUCCCAGUGAACCGCCCGCAGAACCAGAACCUCGUGGAGGAGGAGAAUCACUACUAGUGCGCCAGAUAGAAGAGCAGAUCAAACGGCGUGCUGGGAAAGAGACUUCUAAAGAACGGAUGGGCAGCUCUGUCCUGGAUAAAAUUCCUUUCCUUCGUGGCUGUGAGGACGACGAUGAGGAUGACAGUGAUGAAGAGGAAGACUUCCAGGGCAUGACUACAGACUGCAUCGAUGGACGCAAAAACAAGAAAUCCAGGGGCAAGAUGGGCGGAGAACCCAUGACCACAGAUCUUGACCCUGAGGACGAGGAUGAUGAAGAUGAUUCCGAGGACGCCCUGGGCGAGUUUGAUUUCUUGGGCUCAGGAGAGGAAGGGGAAGGUGCAGGAGAAGCUCGCAUAUCUGGAGAUGGCCGUGAAUUGGGUUCAGAAAACCGCCGGAACAAGUUGCAAGGCAUUAUGUCAGAUUUUCCCCCCAAACCCACUCCACCUCCUACUAUCCCAGGCCAGGCGCGCUCCAGUGAAGGGGGCGCUCUCGGCUUCUCAUCUGAUGUCUUCAUACUGGAUGCAGUUGGAGGAGGAGAUAUGAACCUCGGAGAGCUGGCUGACCUUACUGUUGCCAACGACAAUGACCUCACCAUUGAUUUGCAGGAAAGUCGAGAAGAGUUCAAGAAAACGUGGAACCCUCGCUUCACACUACGAAGCCACUUCGACGCCAUCCGAGCGUUGACCUUUCACCCCAGCCAGGCCGUGCUGCUGUCUGCCUCUGAGGAUGGAACACUCAAGCUGUGGAACCUCAACAAGGCAAUGCACUCCAAAAAAAAUGCAGCGCUGGACGUUGAGCCCAUUUAUACAUUCAGAGCACACAGUGGUGCUGUUCUUUCUCUGGCUAUGGGGGAGGAGGGAGAAUCAUGCUACAGCGGCGGUCUGGAUGGCACCGUGCGAGGCUGGAAGAUUCCAGACCUUAAUGUGGAUCCUUACGACAACUAUGAUCCAGGUGUGGAGAGCAGCGUGUUGUCAGGGCAUGAAGACGCAGUGUGGGGAUUGGCUUACUCCUCCAGCCUGAAGCGUUUGGCCUCCUGCUCAGCAGAUGGGACCGUGCGGAUUUGGGACCCCCAUAAUUCCUCACCGUGUGUGUCUGUUUUCAACAAGGAGAAAGAACACGGCACUCCCACCUCGGUUGCCUUUGUAAACACUGACCCAUCCCAGGUUGUUGUGUCUUUCGAUGGGGGCGAGACUCUGCUUUAUGACCUCAACACAGAGCAAAGCAUCAUGGUCCUGGAGACCCAGACUAAGGAUGGCAGCGAGCUUAUUAACCGCGUGGUCAGCCAUCCUUCCCAACCGAUUUCCAUUACAGCCCACGAGAAUCGUACCAUCCGCUACCUGGACAACAAGACAGGGAAAGUGAUCCAUUCCAUGGUGGCUCACCUGGAUGCUGUAACCUGUCUUACCACAGACCCUAAAGGCACUUACCUCAUCUCCGGCAGUCAUGACUGCUCGGUGCGCUUGUGGAUGCUGGACAAUCGCACGUGUGUGCAGGAGAUCACAGCACACAGGAAAAAACACGAUGAGGCCAUUCAUGACGUGGCCUUCCACCCCUCGCAGCCCUUCAUCGCCAGCGCUGGGGCCGACGCGCUCGCCAAGAUCUUUGUUUGAUUUUCUCACUGGGGAGCCACCCUCACUACUGGGCCAAAAGAGUGAAACGCCGAAUAUCCGCACGCACACACACACACACACACACACACACUCACUCAAACGAGGGGAACAAUGUUCUACACAUCACUGCCUGUGUAAAAGGCACACAACUCAAUAACCCAUCAUAUUUUUUUUAUGCCUCACAUUGUAAUACAAACUCUAUCGCUUUCAAUACUAAUGAGUUUGCUGCUCUGGUCCUGAUUUCAGUUUUAGACGACACUACUAACAAUCUGCACAGCGUGUUGCGAAGGAUGUCCAAUCUGUUGACGGAUGGACCACGCAAACACACACCCUAACACAACACACACACCCUGGGUUUUAAUUUCAUGCUCGGUUUAGGUUGAGGAUUUGAAGGCUCUUGGUAAACAAGACAUUACCCAAGCCUGUGCAUUUUCUCAAUGUAAAUUGCAUUAGUGCUAAUCUGUGAAUUAAUGUCCUCUCGUAACUGUUGCCUAGUAACGUGAGGUGAUCGAUGCAUUUCAUUCCAAAGACUGCUUUAGAUGAGUUUUUUGGUUUCAUUUCAGCUGCGAAGUACAACACAGCUUUACCUUUAGCCUCACAGCUAAGAGCCUUAGUAUUUCAGCCUUUCAUAAUCACUUCCUCAACACAUUUCAUUCGUAUGACGAGUACACCUUGAACUAAAACCAAACACGUGUAUCUGCAUGUGUGCGUUUGUGACGGUGCCAGCACAAGCCUUUUGCAAUCACCGUCUUCAUUCAUAUCUAAUCAGGUGGCAUUAUCCGUAAUAGUCAGGUGACUGUUGAGUGGUGUAUUUAUUGUAGUGUUCGAUAUCAGUCGGAAGACUUUUUGGGAAGAUCUGCAGUUGGAUGAGUAACUCAUUUCUGUAUAUAAGCAGGAUGCGCUGUACAUAGCACACUUGUUUCACAACCUUGGUGCUAAGAUCUCUGAAUCAGGGACCUGUUCACGACGAGGGUCGUAAAGUAUCAAAUCUCGGUUGACCCCUGCCAUUCCUCUGAAUCAUCAUGUACGGUUCUUUGGCAUUUCAGAAAUACAGCCAGUGUGUCAGGAAUUUCAGAAUACAUCUGGUGUGCCGAAGUGGCUUUUAAGGCUUUGUCAGGGUAUUUUUAAGACGAUAAACUCGCUAGAGGAUCUUCGGUUGACGAUUGUUUCCAAUAAAAAUUGAAACAAACUACAAGUUCCAGUGUUUAAGGACAGCUGUAUUGUCGAUUCUUGAGUUUUUGGACAUUUGUGAUCUUGACCUAAGUUCUUUUUUUAGCAAAGUGAAGCUUGAAAAGGCGUUUUAAGUGACAAGAAAACUAGUUCCCCCAGUUUACGGUUGAUUUACCAAGAAGGUAAAAUUACAGUGGUGGAACUUAGGGGUUGACGCUUUCAAAAAGUCCACUUGAUGGGUCUUGUGCCCUUAGUUAAGCCAAGAUAGGAGGUCUUUCAUGGUAAAAUAGCCCAGAGCAACACUCUCAUUGGCUCUUUUAAUGGAAAUAAAAGUGGGGCGUCUUGCUUUUUGUUGGCUAAGCAAGGAAUCAAAAUGCAACUCUGAAACUUGAGGGGGGCACCAAGGUGAGAUGAAGAAUCUGAUCUUUAGGUUUCUUCAUUGGAGGGAGCCUGGUCUUGGGCUCUGGAGAUCGAAGGUCACAUCAUGUAUUGGCCAGUUUCCGUUUUGCAGGGUUUAUUUUUGUCCUUUACUGGUUUUCCGUGGUCGUAGACAAUUGGCUAGAAGGCAAGUCAGAAGCGACAGAAAGACUGAUGGGCCAUAAAGAGCGUUUUAGCAUAAUGGAGCCAUGUCAGUCCUUAACCAGACAGCCUCCGUCUAGAAUCACUCCAUCCAUCCAACCCAGAAAAUGAGGUUUCCUAGUUGGGGGCUUGGUCUUUGGCAAAAAGCGGUCUUGAUUUGUGAGUUGGCAAGUGUAGAAAACCUCUUGGAGUGAUUUUAUUAAUGGACAAGGUUAUGUCUUGUGUCCUUUGUAUAAUGACGAGACCACUGUUUCAUUUUGGGAUGUUCGCCCAGUCAAUGAAUGUCACAUAACCACAGACUUGCGUUCAGUGGAAUCUCAUAAUCCUUUGCUGCUUACCUCUUUUCCUAGAGACUUCGCACCACACACUAACGGUUAGCUUUAUGCUACACUACACGUGUAGAAUAACACAAACAGUUUGGUUCAUCGACGGAUUGCUGCAUUGUUAAGUUCUCUUCCAAAGACUGCCGGUUGCAUGGGUGUUUAGACGAGUCCUGCUGUCUCUUUUGUACACCUUUUUCCGCACCCCUCGAUGCAAUACGAGUCUUGAAAUUACAAUGACAAAACACAUUCCUUACCGAGAGAGGACGAAUCUGUGUAAAAAAAUAAAAAAAUGGAAAGAAACAGAAAUUGUUUAUAUGUUUGACAAGCUGCCGAUGCAAACUGUAAGUUUCCCAUUUUCUCACAUAUAUGCUUUUCUUUACUAGACAUAUUAUCAUUAUGAUUACUAGUAAUAAGGUGUAAGAUGACAGUAGUACCUUUUUUGCUAGGCUUAAGAAUUGCUUGUGAUUGUGUAAAAGCCUAAAAACUGAAAAUUGUAUGGAAAUUUAAGAAGAAAAAAAAGAAAAUGUUUCAGUCCACAGCCAAGGUAAAAAGGACUUUUUGUUAUGUGUUUUUAUUUUUUAAUAGCAAUUUAUCACUGUGUGAUAUUUUGUACAUCAUAUUAAGCUGUAUUCAAACUAUAUCCUCUAACUACAAGGGAUAAAAAAAGACCAGCCUUUUAUUUAUUUUGUUUUAUUAUACAUAUUUUUGAACUGCUUUCUAGCUUGUAUCAAAUUACAUCUUUUUCAUUUUUCCUGUUGAUUUUUCUUCUUUUUUUUUUUCUAUUUCUUUUUUGUUUACUCUGCAGGUCUUGUGUUGUAUGUCAUAAAAAAUAAAUCCAAAAACAACUAAAUAAAAACAUGGUUUUGUACAGAGA